AUGAGGACUUUUGCCUCCCAUGGCUAUCCGUUCGACGAUCAGGGUCCCGUGUACGUGGGCGAAGAUCGUCUGACCGACCGCGAAUCCGUCUCGCUGAAGCACGGAUUUUACCUCCUUGCCAACGUUGCGGACAAGUUCGUCGAUCAGUACCCCAUGCUCCAGAAGCUCAUUCAACACGGCAGUGAGGCAUUCCGUCAGAAGCUUCGGACUGGACUCUUAGAGUUGUUGCGAAAAGUCAAGGCAUCGAUCUACUCAAACAUGCGCGACCACUGGAAGAUCGAGCGUCUGCAGGUCAGAGUCCCGGCUGAAUGGAAUCACGAGUUUCGGAUUCCAUUCCGGGCCCUGCUCGCAGAGGUCUUCGAGUGGAACGAGAACAAGGCGUUUGAGAUUACCAGCUUUACCAUGGGCGCUGAUAGCGACGCCCUUGGCCUCUUGAACAGAAACAAUCCCUAUACUUCGGGAACGAAACCCAGACAACUCUGGCUGUUCAUCCACUACGGCGGACAUAGCUUGAAGCGCUCAUCUGGACCGCCGCGGUUUCACAGACGGCAAGAACGCAUUGGUGAUGGUUAUGGUAAGGCUUUUGAAAGCGUUGGUGCUGGCGGUGGCACUGAGAAUCUCUUUCACCACUUCUUGGCCGCUUUUAAAGCCAAGUACCUUGACCCUCCUGCCGGCAGCGAGGGACCCGCACGUCCGAUGACUCCUUGCAUCUCCGAACAACUUCGUCAACAGUUCGACAACAAUGCGGUUAGAGAGAUGUGGGGUCCUCCCCUUUAUGCCUAUGAGGAAUACCGGUUCACCUUCCGUGUGCGCUUGGUCGAAAACGGAGAGGUCAUCCGCUGCCCGUUCAGCCAAGACGAGGUCUCUCAAAUUUGGAACGACGCUCAUAAACACGCUUUUGAGCUUGUUGAGAAGUUGCUCCAGGAGUUGAAGGAUUGGACCACAAGGCCCUUCAAUGGCGCUCUCCAUGAACCUGUCAUCUGCAUUGCCGGAGGCAGCGCCAAGAAUUUGCUCUUCAGGCGCAAGGUAUCGGCCAUGAUUCGCAAGGCCGAGCUCCCCAUGGCAGUCUUUCCUCCCACGUACAACGUCUAA